AAAACAGCGCGAGGCGAACCUCAAGGGAUUGCACCCUGAAUAUUUCCUAAAGAAAUUCCUUUAAAGGUCGAUUGCUUGCCUGCCUCCACCUUCUGGGUCAGAGGUCUACGGUAUAAAGCAAACUAGCAAAGCUGAGCUGGGGAGGAGUCGAGUUCCGCUACACAGGCGCGCGUUCGAACAUCAGAACAUAUUUGCAUGUAGACUACGUGUAUCAUGUCUACAACUAUGACUACGAGCAGCUCACAGUUUAAGGAAUAGCGCUUUUUGAACUCGAAUAAGAAGAUAUUAGACUUUGCAAUCACCAUUUCACUAAUUCUACAGAUUUUUUGUAUAAUAUACUGUGUCGUCGAGAGAUUGCUUCUGAUUUGCCCCAGGGAUUCAAUAAAACCGGAUUCUUUGUGGUGUUAAGCAGUAUCAAACUGACACGAUGGAACUUUGUGUAGCUGCAGUGCUUUUGUCCUACUUCGCUCCAGCUUUGGGAUCAGCUUUUGGCAGGGAAAUGCCAGCUUCCCAAAUGGAUGAAAUUCAUGAGUACGACAAGCCAUUUCAUUAUGAUUAUGAAUCUCUGAGGAUCGGUGGUAUGAUCUUUGCUGUGAUCCUCUUCUUGAUGGGGAUCUUCCUCAUUGUCAGUCGGAAAUGCCGCUGCAAAGGGAACAAGUCAAAGCCAGUGGGUCUUGACCCAGAGGCAGCCAGAGGUGCAAAAUAAAGCAAGCCGAGGGAACAGAGAAAAAGGUGACACUGCCUCUGCUUUUGGAUUCGUCGUGAUGUUCUAUAGCCUAAAUGUUUAAGACUGUGUAUCUCUGCUGUUUUUGGUUCCUUUUUGACAGAAAGCAUGGCUUCUUAAGGAGAAAUCUUAAUCAGAACUUUGACCAUUUGGAAGAAGAAAAAGUCACUUGACGAUUUAGUUCUAGUGUUCACAAUUUUAAAAAUUGUAGGUCUUUAAAUACACAAGACUAUAUGAGUGUUCCUUUUUAAAAUGUGAGGUUUUAAAAGCAUUGUUUAAAUAAAACCAUUGAUUCUCAGCUAGAACUACUUUGCCAUAAUGUUUAUCUUAAACAGCUGAUACCUUUGAGAUUUUCCUACUUUUUGUCAUGUACUUUUCAGUCUCACAAUGAAGUUUAUGAAAUACAUAGUGUAGUAUGUGUUAAGUGCUCAGUAGCUAAAAGAAAAAAGCAGGCAUUUUAUAUAUUUUGUAAAUUGUCCAUACAGUUUUGUCACGUUGCAGAAGUAACAAAUCUAAUUGUGCACUGUAGUUGAAAAAUAAAGUGAUUUUCAUUUUAA